AUGACGAAAAGGAAACGGGAGGAGUCACAAGCAGAAGAGGUUUCCGAGAAGCCGCAAAAAGCUAAAAGCAUGAAAUCGGUAUUCAAAACUGACCUAAACCACGAGACUCCAUUACCUUUAGAAUGGCAGCGAUGCCUCGACAUCCAGUCUGGGAAAAUAUACUACUAUAACACAAGAACCCACACAAGGUCAUCAAGGGAUCCAAGGGCAAGUCCAGAGCCGCCAAGUCCAAGUCACAUGAGCUUAGACCUUGAGCUAAAUCUACCAUGUGGGACAGUUGAAAAGAACCAUGUUGCCAACAGUCAUAUGAAGCAUAAUUCUGGUAGCAGUAGUACCUCAAACGAUUCCCUUGAUCAGUUCACAAACUCCAAUCGAAAUAAGAACAUGGGAGGCCUUAUGCGUUUGCCAUCAUGGUUAACAUUUGAUCAAGACGAUCACCAAGAGAUGAUAACGGCUGUGUGCAAGAAGUGUCAUAUGUUGGUAAUAAUGUGCAAGUCUUCUCCAGCAUGUCCAAACUGCAAAUUUAUGCACCCACUAGACCAAAGCCCUCCGACCUUGUUCAAGCAAAGGCUGAGUCACUUGUGUUGAGGAUUGUCUGGUGUCUAAUAAGGUGUUAGGUAAUACUUUACUCAAUAUGUUGCAGUGUUCAGUAUUGGUGACGUGCAUCUAGAAAUCUAAAGCCUCACUUUGAUAACUUUUAUUCCUCCCCCUCUCGUGAGAAAAGGAAAAAUUGGCUGUCACAGAGGAUGUUGGGGGUCAAUAGAAGAGAGGAAAACAAAG